CCGCCGCCGCUGCCACGAGUCCGGGGCUGUCGUGCGUUUGGGCGCCAGGCUUGGGGAGCUCGGCGAGGCCGUGGACCUUCGUCUGCCCCGCGACCCGUAUCUUUGGCUUUGUGAGAGCCCAGACCGGACACCCAUCUCCUCCGGAAUGAAGGUCUUCCUACCCGUGCUACUGGCUGCCCUGCUGGGUGUGGAGCGAGCCUGCUCCCUGGUGUGCUUCUCCUGCACGAAUCAGAACAGUAACUUCUACUGCCUGAAGCCGACCGUGUGCUCGGACUCGGACAACUACUGCGUCACGGUGUCUGCCUCUGCCGGCCUCGGGAAACUGGUGGACUUCGGCCAUACCCUGAACAAGGGCUGCUCCCCGAUCUGCCCCAGCCCCAGCGUCAACCUCGGCGUGGCGUCCAUCGGCACCUACUGCUGCCAGAGCUUCCUGUGUAACAUCAGCACGGCUGGUCGGGGGCUGCGCGCCAGCGCCGCGGUGCUGGGCCUCGGGCUCCUGCUCAGCCUGCUGUCUGCCCUGCAGCGGCUCGGGCCCUGACUGCGGCCGCCCGGCAGCCGGCCCGGACUCCCCCAGCUCAGGAAGGAAGGCCCGGCCCCUCCCAGAUCCCCGAACCAUACAGAAGCCUCUUCCGACCCCUCGCCCCGCUCGAUCCUCUGCCCGCGCUGCCCAGAGUCAGGCCUGCCUCUCCCACCUCCCCCUCCCUUGAGAGGCGCCCGCAGCGCUCACUCCCCAGGCGGCCGCGCAACCUUCCUCUGGGAACCUGGGAAGGGCUGAGGGCUGGAGGCCGAUCCCGGAGUCAGGACUGAGGCCCGGGGACACACUGGUAGCGGCACGUCAGUCCCCAGCUGGGUUGGGAGCUGUGCUUUGGGCCGCUGCUUCUGAGAAGGCCUGUUGUCACAUCCGAGGACGUUGUUGUCGCAGGGGAUGGCCUAGCUCAGCGGCGCGGACAGGGCCUGGGUGCACCCUGGGCAUGCGUGCGAGUGUGCGGGAGAGUCAGGGUUUUUGGGGGGGGAAGGGGUCAGGAGUCCAACGUUAGCUGCGGAGCACCCCAACCCCAACAACAACGCUGCUUUUCUCUGGCCUUUCUGCAGCCCACAUUCACUCACGUUAAGGCUGGCCUUCGGGAAGAUGGGGUUUCAGUGCAUCAGGGUUUAGGCCACUGGACCCAGGAAUCACCCCCCCACCCUCUCCCUCCGCCCCCACAUUGGAUUCUGCCUGCUGCUUGGUGCCUCAAAUAAACACAUGUUCUCGA